AUGGCCGACAACACUGCCGAACAGCUCCAAAACCUCCAUCUCGACGAGGUGACCGGUGAGCGGGUCUCCAAGUCCGAGUUGAAGAAGCGCCAGAAGCAGCGUGAGCAGGAAAAGAAGAAGAAGGAAAAGGCUGCUGCCGCGCCUCCCAAGCCCAAGAAGGAGGUCAACCCUGAGGAUGACGAGAGCAACUUGACUCCUAACCAAUACUUUGAGAUUCGGUCCAAGAGAAUCAACAAGCUCCGCACCACCAAGGCUCCCAACCCCUACCCCCACAAGUUCCAUGUCAAGACCGACCUGCGCGAGUUCUUGAAGGAGUACCAGUCUCUCAAGACCGGCGAGCAGCGCAAGGACAUUGAGGUCAGCAUUGCGGGCAGAAUAUACACCAAGCGUGCCUCUGGCUCCAAGCUGGUCUUCUACGACAUUCGCGCCGAGGGUGUCAAGUGCCAGGUCAUGUGCCAAGCCCAGGAGUCGACUGGCGAUGUUCCCUUUGAGGCCCAGCACGAGCACCUCCGAAGAGGUGACAUUAUUGGUAUUGUCGGUUUCCCCGGCCGAACGAACCCCAAGAACCGCCCGGAUGGCGAGCUUUCCAUUUUCGCCAAGCAGGUCGUCCUGCUCACUCCUUGCCUGCACCAGCUGCCUGGCGAGUACUAUGGUUUCAAGGACCAGGAGCAGCGUCACCGCCAGCGAUACCUCGAUCUGAUCAUGAACGACCACACCCGCAACGUGUUUGUCACCCGCUCCAAGAUGGUCAGCUACAUCCGCCGGUACUUUGACGACCGCGACUUCAUCGAGGUCGAGACUCCCAUGAUGAACGCCAUUGCCGGUGGUGCUACCGCCAAGCCAUUCAUCACCCACCACAACGAGCUCGACAUGAACCUGUUCAUGCGUAUCGCUCCUGAGCUGUACCUCAAGCAGCUCAUCGUCGGUGGUCUCGAGCGUGUGUACGAAAUGGGCCGUCAAUUCCGUAACGAAGGUAUCGAUCUGACCCACAACCCCGAAUUCACCACUUGCGAAUUCUAUAUGGCCUACGCCGACGUCUACGACCUGAUGGACAUCACCGAGGACCUUGUCUCCAAUCUCGUCAAGCAGGUCACUGGCGGCCACACCACCGUUUUCCACACCCAGUCUGGUGAGGAGUACCAGGUCAACUGGGCCAAGCCGUGGAAGCGGAUUGAGAUGAUCCCCGCCCUUGAGGAGGCCUUGGGCGAAAAGUUCCCUCCGGGCGACCAGCUGCACACUGCUGAGACCAAUGAGUUCCUUAAGCGCAUGCUCAAGAAGUCCGGCGUCGAGUGCUCCCCGCCCCAGACCAAUGCCCGCAUGCUCGACAAGCUUGUCGGCGAGUUCAUUGAGGAGAAGUGCGUCAACCCCACUUUCAUCACUGGCCACCCGCAGAUGAUGUCUCCGCUGGCCAAGUACCACCGUGACAACGCCGGUCUCUGCGAGCGUUUCGAGGCUUUUGUGUGCAAGAAGGAGAUUGUCAAUGCCUACACCGAGUUGAACGAUCCCUUUGACCAGCGUCUCCGUUUCGAGGAGCAGGCCCGCCAGAAGGACCAGGGUGACGACGAGGCCCAGAUCAUCGACGAGAACUUCUGCACCUCGCUUGAGUACGGUCUGCCCCCGACUGGGGGCUGGGGUAUGGGCAUUGACCGUCUCGCCAUGUUCUUGACCGACAACUACUCCAUCAAGGAAGUCCUCGCCUUCCCCUUUAUGAAGGAGGAGAAGCAAAUCAACAAGCCUGCGGCCGAGGUUGUUGGCAUUGAGCCCAUGCCUGAGGAGGGUAUUCCCCACAAAUAG